AUGCCAUCGAAACCUCAAGACACAGUUUCUUUGACAAUGGGGAAUUUUAGACCUGAGCCUAGGAUCAAGUAACACCAAUAACUGUUCAGCGGAUAACUUAAAAAACACUUCACUUCACUGAGUUGUGCAUUUGAGCCCGCGAUACAGUCAUAUGGCACUGGCCUGCGGAUACCCUUUUUGAUAGCUGUCAAUUGACCAAAACAUGGAUGUCCACUGUCAACUUAAACACAGAUUGUAUAUGCCUUGGACGCCUAGCAGCCAACCAGAGGGCGUGUACUAGUGUAGCCAUAUAAUAAAAAUGUCCUACUGCGGCGAAUAUUUACUAAUAAGAACAAAAUAAAUUACCGGAAAUAUCGUAUUGUCGUUACGACCUAUGCACGCUGUGUUGACCCAGUUUGAAAGUCAAACUUUUCAUGAACCGACACUAAUCCCUUAAAUAAAGUGCAUGAAAAGAUGGACGUUUGAAUCAGUAAAAGCCCGACAUGUAUGAUUCGUUUCAAACGUCGACCGCUUCACGUUCCGUAUCUAAUGCAUAUAUUACUAAUGAUUUAUUUUCACUGGUAAGCAUUGUAGAUCAUUGUAAAUCGUGAAGAAAAAAAUAAAAUAAAAGAAGUCCGACUAACAAAAUUCGACAUUUGAAUAAAUCGUCGAACUUAUACCAUUUGGGUAUUAAGUUCGAUACAUUUUCAUGAAACAUGUGAAAAGUUAAACAUUUGAACCGUGCAUUAAUGCCAUUGCAUAAAAUUUAGCUCAAUGCUCACUCUUUUCAUCUUCCUCGAAUGCCUUCAGGCCAGUGUUCCUCGGCUUUCUAGCGCAAAAAGACUGACAUUUAUAACACAUGGUUACAAAAUAAAGUACCAGUCAGUUCUACUGUAUAUACGUCCCUGGUGUCACACUUAUUAACCCCUUAAGCUCUAAUAUCAACAUGCACAUUCUCAAUAUUGUUCUUCAUCAGGGGCGGAUCCAGGUUUUUUCUUAGGAGGGGGUGCACUCGUCUCUUGCUCUACUUCAACACCAAUAAACCACAUAGUUUUUUUUUUUUUUUGCAGAAUACCAGUUGUAUUAGAAAACCGCAGGUCAUCUCGGGGGGGGGGGGUGCGCACCCCCUGCACCCUCCCCCUAGAUCCGCCCCUGUUCAUACAAUUCUUAUGGUACUUCUGGAAAGAAUUUGUUUGAACAUCAAGACAUUUCAUCUUGAGUGAUCAUUGCCUUCAUUCUCAUGACCUGUAUUUUUAUUAGACUGUGUUAUUGCUAGGAGAAUCAUGAUGCUGGUCAUUAUUAGGGCUCUAAUGUUGAUUUAAGUCUGAUUGAGCAGGUUUGCUUGCUGUGUUCUUUAUGUCUAUAGAAAACAGCACACUGUAAAUGUUUAAAAAUAUCAUUUUUUGAUGAUCAUUUUGCAAAACGCACGUGAACAUAAACCCAAAAUUGACACAACCCACUUCAUACUUUUGUUUGUUCUUAUGACUAAUUCAUAUUUACAGUCGAAACAACAGAUUCUGCAAAGCUCAAUACAGAACUAAAAUCUUCCAGCGAGCGUGAGUUUGCAUAAUUACAUACAAAAGUAAUGUAAAGCACUAACACAAAUAACUUAAGCUUAAGCGAGUGUUACAAGUCUACGAAGACUAGAGACCUAUAUCGUUUCAAAAUUCGAGUCUUCGAGACGGCCUUAAUUAUAAUCCUCCAGGUGCAAGACAGAUAACCAGAGAAUUCGCGAUUGGGUUGAUAUUUUACGAAUCUUAUAUUAAUUCCUAUUUAUAUUCACGACUAAGAGACGGGAAUGGGUGUGAAGCUCGAACUAUGGAGCCUGAGUGUUUAAUGCCAUCCAAAUAACAUACAAAGUUCAACAUCAUAACUAAAGAAUGGUACACAAAUAUUCCUAAAUAAAGUCACUCAGGCUAAACUAUUCACGUGCGCCGCCUGAUACGAAAACCCAAAAACCCAAUGGGAAAAAAUUGGGAGCGUAUUCCCCAACCGAUGCGGUCGCACAACCCCUGGGGUUACAGGUAAAAAAUCAAUCGAUAGAUGAAUAAAGUAAGAUAUAAAAAUAAAAUUUGAUAGUUCGAGGGCUGAGAUGAAUACAUUACAACUGUCAAAACCUUAUAUACCUUACAACAAUAGAGUCAAUUAACGCCAUAGCGGCUUACGUGCGUUCAUACCAAUAGGAAAGUAUUUACAUUCUCUGUUACUGCCACUACGUUUAGCUCCGCCGAAUGUAAAUACAUCACUUUUAGAUUGAUCAUCAAAAUAACCAUUCAGAAUACAUCUUGUAAUAUUUGGUUGUGUCGACGGAAGAUUACAAGAUGAUAGUAGCAUUGUGGUUUUGGUGCUGCUGGGGAACUGUGGCCUCAUUCAAAAUCUCCACCCCUUUGAAAUUUUACUGAAAAUUCAAAUAUUUGCAAAAACUUAGUUCUAAACUACUAAAAAAUCAUUUUUGUUCAACGGAUGUGAAAGAGUUAGAAAGCCAAAAGAUAAAGAACCAACACAUAAAAAAGCAAACAAACAACCCUACCAUUUUGUUGGAAAAUGGCUUGAUGCCAUGUCACAUGUCAUAUCUCCUAACCACACAUACCGACCAACUGUUUCCUCAAUUUGCUUAUAAUGCGUGUACCUAGGCGUUAAUUUUAUAGUUUAUGUAUUUUUAAAUUUGUAAUUUAAAUUUGAUAAUCUGUUAAGGUCUACUUUAGCCAUUCAGUGGACAUUUUACAUCACUGAAUUUUUUAAUUUGAGCAAAGAAAAGAUAUCAAGGUACCUUCCAGAGGACACAAAUAACUGAGGAGGCCAAGAGUGUCAGCACGUUUCAGCACGAUUUGUAGCAUUAAGUGAACAGGAAGUAAAAAAAAAAGGAAGUUUGCGGCUGGAUCGAUCUGAAUGAGUGCUAAACUUAGAAGAAUCUUACUUGCUAUUCGGUCACGUAUGUCAACUUAUAAAAGGGUUUUUAAUUUGAGCCUUCUAUUUACGAUACUUUUUUGAGCGUAAAAAGUUAUUUAGAAUGAAUGCCGAAUUCAGGCUAACGAAACUCAUUACAGCCAAAGUGCUCUUCAUGCCAAUGUUGAAGCUCUAUCCGAUUUUACGUUUAUUUCAUGAGUUCUAAAGCUGCAUUGUUUCAUGCUUGGUAAGUUUUUUAAUCCCUUUUUUAGCUAGCGAUACGUGCUCGAGCAAAUUUAAAACCGAUAAGGUUUCACUGUUUACUCGUACAACGAUAUUUCUCGCAUGCCUUUAAGCUUACGCGGAAGAAGAUUGUGGUAACCUAAAAAAAGGCCUUUUUGCGGUAAACUGACACGCGCUGUUGGUCCUGGUAACGAAUUAAUCGUCUUAGUAUAAUGAAGGGUGUAAGAAUAGAAGGGCAGCAAGUAACAGGCAGGAGUCAGUGGCGGAUCCAGGGGAGGGACACGGGAGCCCCCCCGUCAUUUAAAGACCAAACUCAGGGCCGAGGGGCCGAAAAAAUUUAUUCGAGACCGCCCCCCCUCCUUAUAUCAGGGUCAAAGUUGAUCUCUGUUGUUUGCAACUUCAAAAAUAAUGCUCAGGAGACACAUUUAUUUGUCUCAAAUUUCUGAUUUUGUCAUUUACAUGAAAUUUCUCUGAAACAGGCUUUAGUCCUGGGAAUUGGCACAUCACUUGAGUACAAAUGUGCCUGGAAACGACUUAAAAAAUUUAAUUCAUUUAAGGGACGUGUCAAACGAAAAGUCUGAAUUGGCAGUAGUUCAAAGCAAACUGAUAUCGAAAAUCCGGGGGGGGGGCACUCCCUUAAAUAGGCUAUAUAGGUAUGUGCGGCACGUAAGGGUAUAGUUUUUUAGCCGUUCAAUUUUGGUCUGAAAUAGGGUAUGGUUUGUGCACUCUAGUCUUGAUUUAAGGGUCAGGUCUGAAAUAGGGUAUUGAAAAUCACAGAUUUUGGUCUGAAAUAGGGUAAGGGUUUCAGGAAGCGUGCCGCACACCCCCACCCAAUGUUUCUGGUAUUCCUCCUCCCCGGGGGGGUCCAAAACGCGUGCCUACGGACCGAUACAGUUUCACUGUUUACUUGUAUAUUCGAUAUGUGUAUAAUUAUAUAGUUUUAUAAAUGAAGGGGCAUGAAAAAACGACAGCCACUAUUAAAUCGGCAGCAGUUCAGACAGUUCAAGGAAAACUGUCAAGAUGUCGAAAAUCAACCUGGUUUUUGUAGUCUUGGCGGUCCUUGCCUUUGUGUGCAUCACAGCUGGCAAGAACUGCGAGACCCUAAACGGCACAUGGUAUAAUCAGCGUGGAGACGAACUUUAUCUUGAACGCAAAAGUGACGGCAGACUUGUGGGUGAAUACAGGACUGAAGAACAAAGACAGAAUCGCUCAGCAGUGGCACACUCUGCUGUGCUUGGUGAGCACGUGAGAUUUUUCUUUGAUUUUCCUCUCUUUCCUUAUGAAUACACUACACUGAAAAUUAAAAAGAUCUGUUUCAGCUAAAAAAAAAGGUGCCAAUUUAGCCCCUCAGGCCUAAGAUCUGAUUUAAGCAAUCCUUAUGUAAAAUAUCUGUUCGGAGAAGAAAAUAUUGCCCAGAAUUUUCUAUCACUUACGGACGGCUAAAAAUUUCUAGAUAACCGUUCCAUUCAUGUUCAAUUUUCGAAGCUUAUCUAAUAAAUCCCCUACGAUUUCCUGAAGUUUAAUUUUCACAUUUUAUUUCCCAAGUCAGGCUAUUUUUCUGAGAAAAAAGGAAACCUAAAAUUUUCGGAUUCAAAAAUGUGAUGAGGAGAGGAAUCAGAAAAUGUCUCACUUUCGUAAUACGUCAAAUUCCAUCUAAAAAUUUCGAGGAAGAAAUACUCAAGCCCUUAUAAUUUCGAAAAGACUCAAGUUCCCCUGGGAUGACCGAACAGAUACAAAUGUUAUAGCACCACUUAGAAUGCAUUCCUACGGCUCUAAAAGUACUCUGUAUAGCCUAAAAAGUGUUUUCAAUGUAUUUAGGAGGAAACUGUCGUUGGGUGCCCCUGACAACAGCCCCAUCAAAAGCCUAUUCUAGCAGCCCUCAUUUAAUAGCUCAGUGCUAUUAAAUGGACCGUGUUGGUCCUGAUAAAGGGAGUCACAUUAAAGCCAAAAUCAGGACAGCAUUUUACUCACCGAACGACCCCAUUUUUAGGGCUAAAACCGGAUCUAUCUGAUUUACAGUGUACAUACUAAUCAGGUCCAGUUAAGCCGAGCUGUUGUUGAUUUACCUGGGGCUCUUCACCCAUAUUACAUUUGAGGCCCUGUCAGUUCUGGUGACUUUGAUUGCAGUGUUAGAGAGCGGCUUACAUCACAGUAAAGAAUAACAACAGAUUCGAUUGUAUAGAUAGGCGAUUGUUUUCACUGUCACGCAACUAAAAUAAUACCUGAUACUCAGGUUAAUUGGAAACCGUCCAGUGGAAGAACGUCUUUGUAGCCCACAGUUUCUGAGUUAUUUACCGAAACGUUUCACGCACCUUCAGAGCUUUGUAUGGAGACGCUAUAUUGGUGUACCGUUUUGGUGCACCAAUGUGGCCGCCGGAAAUCAACAAAAACAUGUGGAGGUCACUUUUUCUAUAAAAGCUCCUUCUUUUCAGUCGAGAACUAGCAUACGUGCGCAUAAACAUAUCUUCUAAUACUUGAAAUGGUUAUACUGCUGAAAAUCAAGGGGAGAGACUUUUUUUCAACGAGACAGCAUCCCUAUUUUGGUGUCACGCACUGUGAAAACUCGGAAGUUCAAAUUACUAUAUUUUCGAAAUGAAGCGUGCUUCGGGACUGGAAACUUGUACAAAGAUUUAUUUUUUGUUUAUCUUCAACCUGGUGUAAAUAAGAAUUCGUAAAACCUCGCUAUUUUGACUUUACAAUUUGAUGACGUCACAGUGAAAAUCAUCUAUAAAAGCUGCAGUCACGCAGUUCAAUUUCCCUUGACCUGAUUUUCGACCUCCAGAUUUUGUUCACACUUAAACCUUACGAUACGAAAUGAAUUCUUUUCGUUUUUACCCUCUGUCAUUUUAAACUAUAAUAGAUGACCGAAGAUCCUGUAGUACGGAAAAUUACCGGGGAAUGGGGGGGGGGUACUUCCUUACGAGAGGAUAAUGGGGAUGUGCCGCUGAAUGGUGUCGCAUUUUCACGACUGGAUUGUGGUCGCAAGUUUAUAGAGUUUGGGAGUAAGAAAGUUCUUUAUAUUUACGAUUAGCAAACGUACCAGAAUGUUUGUACUGUAGGUGAAAAGUAAAGUGUUCUUCAUUCAAUCUAAAAAACGGGCCGUUAAUUUUAGGAUGACCUAUUUAAAGGAUUGGUAAGGAAGAUACAUAAAUAGAAAGUGACUAAGUCGGAAUCGGUGGACUAUCUCCGACUUGUUUCAAGCAUGAUUUUUGAACCCUGUAACUGUUUCUUAUGAAAAUAAGUUUCAUUUACACUCGAACUUUCCUGUCAUGAGGAUAACAGAAUUCUACAAACGCGGAAAGUGCCAAAUUUAACAAAUAUUUGGAAUUUUUUUCUGAGAUAUUCCAAUGCGAAACAAAAAACGAGAUCAGUAUCCAGAUAGAUUCAAAAACACCGCAUUGAUGUUACUUGUAAACACUGGCAAACCUGACGGUGCGAAGCUUGAAUGCAAAAGACCGACCCUGUUGUUUGUUUGUUUGUUUCUUUUUUUUUUUGCAGAUUGACCCGAAACAGGGUUUUAUUCGGUUCAAUCAAGAAAUACUUAACUUCACUUAUUCAUUACAUAGGUACUGCACCUUUUAAUCAUGACAACACCGAAAGCGUCUUUGGAUUUGCAAUAGUCUGGCAAAACGGUACUUCGACAACUGUGUGGACAGCUCAGUGUUUGGUGUGCGUUGAUGGGCAUGAACAAAUUUUCACCUCCUGGUUAGAGCGAUUCACUGUGGGUUCACGGAAAGAAAUUUCGAAAUCAACCAGAAUUGGGAAAGACACUUUCUCACGAUUGGAGCAACAAAACUCUGCAAACUCAUAUGAAUCCAGCUCAGUGUCACCUCCGACUGUCCGAACAAACAUCAAGAUCUGGGACACUGGUGUAAAAUCUAAACCUUGCAGUAUAAGUGGUACCUGGUAUAAUCAGCUGGGCUCCGAGACAAUCUUAAACCAGAAAAAUGAUGGCAUCAUUGAGGGAGAGUACCGUACUGGUGUUGAGCGAAAACCAGGCUCAGCUGGGAAGAGCUUCUCGAAGGUGUUGGGGAUCGGACAAGUUGGUGGCCCUAGCAGCACUCUGCCAUUAAUGGUUGUCUGGAAAGGUGGCGAAUCUGUGACUGGGUGGCUUGCGCAGUGCUUCAUCGACGGAGAAAACAAGACAGAGAUCGUGGAAACCGCCUGGUUGCUGAGAGCCAAGGUUGACACGUGCUUAAACACCUGGAAGUCGACGAUGUUUGGCCAGGAUACCUUCACACGCACUGAGCAGAGGGCAGGGCCUAGAAAGAAAGAUAACAAGCAUGUACCACUAGACAGGAAAACCCAGGGUGAAAAACAGCAAAGCACAUGCGGAGGAGGAGGUCAGCAUUAUUUCAACUCUUUCGCAUUCUUGAAUUUGAUUUUGAUCAAUUCUUUAGCCCAAUGGUUGAAAUAAAGGCUUAAUCCUUCGAAAAAGGACAAAACAUUUAACGCAGCAUGCAGGGCUUGAAUAAGAACAAUGUUGUUAGUGUAGUCUUAGAUUCUAUUGUUAAGAAAGCUAAAAAAAUCUCUCACACCGAUUACAAAACUCCCGACCUAGGACGUAGCUUACACCAUGCUAAGGCCAUAAACUACUUGGAACACUCAUGGUCAUUACUUAUUGCAACUCAGUCUACGAUAUUACCGGUGAACUGCAUGACUGUGUUGAUUUGAGCAGUUCAUGCUAUAUGCACUAGACUAAUUAAAACCUCCUUUAAGCUCCUUUUCUCUUACAAUUGGCACGUUUACUGGCGACUUUAAAUUCUAAUUUUUACCACUGACUGUACUGGCUUCAGAAAUUUGUCUUUCAGUCUUAUCUGUGGUUGAUGGUUGUAGCCGAUCCACAUCAACCUCUUUGUUCUUUUUAGAGCUUUAGCUGCUUUUACAUUGUCCUUCUGAUGUGAAAGACCAUGCUAGAGAACGUUUCUACUGCUUUACAACACUAAACCUCUACGAUAUGGCUGAAUGCCUCGGGGAUCGAAAGACCUCUUUGCAAGACGUCCCAUUCCUUAAUGGCUUGGUAUGAUAGAAGUUUAAUAAAGUUUAUUAGUUAAGUUCCAGUGGGUUUAUCUCGCGUGCACGCACUAUUUUCCGCGUGCAACAUAGAAAUAGGGAGACGUCUUUCACGCAGGUAUAGUGGCUUACCCCUGGAAUUCGUAUUCUUUCAUUUUCAGUCACUCAUGUGUACAGAGUGUCCCUCCCCUCAAACAAAUACGAUGGGAAGGGGCGGCUGUACACACCAGCGGUUUUAUACGGUUUCGUUUUUCCUGGUCGAACAGCUUUUUUUGACAACCAUGACACUUCUUUUAUCUGGGGGAAAGAAGUUAAAGGGAAGUUACCGACAUAUGUGAAUGUACUGUCUUUCAGCUAUCCAAGGUUAAAUUUGGUUCCUUUGCUUUGUUUUCCUUCAUUUUUUUCUAUUUUCGACUACAGGUAGUUGCACCCCUAGCUAUAGCAGCGAUUUGUCACAGGCUAGCGAAGCAAUUCUAGUCGUGUAAGACAACCCGAAAUAGUCUUGGAUUCUGGGUUUGACGCUGUGGGUUCUGGAUUCCAGGUACUGGAUUCCGGAUGCUUUCUCGGGACUCCGGAUUCCAUUAGUUAGUGGGAUGCUAGAUUGUUUCAGCGUGGUUCCAGAUUUUGUCAGCGGAAUUCCGGAUCCCAUCGUCCAGAAUUCCAGCUUCCACGAGCAAAAUUUUCAGAUUGAAGAAUCCGAAUUUCUUUACAUGGGGCGAAAGGAAUAUUUUAGUCAUCUUGAAACUUUAUGAGACUAAUUCAUUUUUCGAGGCAAAAAGGGAGUUAGAACUUGUGAAAUUUUUUUAGCUUUCAGUGUAGUUACUGUCUUUGUGUUGUUAAGAGCAUGAAAAAGCCAACGGUGUAUUUGAUGAACGCACAGAAUAUUUUAUUUUACACGUUUUACUUUAGAAUAUUGACCGCCAUCUAACUCGAUAAUAAUUCAGUAUCGUUUUGUUGUAAAGCCUUACCAGCAGAUGUAAAACGAUUUUAAUUGCAAAAUACCCCUGGCAGGUAAUCAUGUAGUUCUUUGAAAUCACAGCCGCAACAAUUUAUAUAACUGAAGCCGUACUUCUUCUUACAAUAAAGCAAAAUAAGGCGAUCCAAAAAUUCAUUUUUUAUGUAAGUUAAGUGUAGCUUUAAUGAUUUCUCUUUCCAUUUUUACAGUUCAUUAUUUUAGUUCUCAAUGGUCAUGCUAUGUGGUCAAUCGAAUCAUAUAAAGGCAAACUACAGUUGAAACUAUUCUGUUGUCUAUACUAUGAUUUUUCAGUUAUCGAUUACAUUGCGUACGUGAAUAACACCUGAGAGGGCAUUAAGAUUAUGUAUAAAAGAAUAAACGCUGUUGGAACCAAGUUUGCGUUAUUUACUGCUGCGUACCAGUUAAUAUUAAGGUGAAUGGAUUGAUUCCGGUCCUACGGAGAAGUGACGACCUUUCCUGUCGUACAAGCGAGUUGCUAUAGGAGAUACACCUAAUUGCAAUAACGUUGUCAUAGAAAAAAGGAAAAAGCAAAAAACCAAAUAGGAAUUAAUUAGUCAUGUGAUUUACAUUUGUGUAUUUUACUAAUUUAACAAUUAUUCAAGAAGUUAUUCACAAUAACAAGAGAUAAUUCUGUAAUUCCGCGCUGUAAGAUAGACAUGCGCCAUUGUCAUUUUCGAGCCAACAUUCUCCAUCAACAGAAUUCGCACAAUUCGAAAAAGUAAAAGGUAAAUUGACGCAAGCAAUGUUAUGUCUCAGUUGUCGCACUUUCAGUCGCCAAUCUAUUAUGUCCUGACAAAUGAAGCUUGGUUUGUGGCGCGGGAGAGGAACUGACGGAGUACCCCCUCACCCUCUCCGCGAUGAAAAGUCCUGCCUACGCCCUUGAUUUGUUGCUUGAAAAUUGUGAUCAGAUGGUGUUGUGCACUGCAUACCAUACGCAGGUUGGCCUUUCUAUUUAGCACUAAAUUAAAAGACGCAUCGUUUUCCUGGAAUUUACGCCAGGCCUUAUUUAUUGAAAAAAAUGGAGCCAUCAUUUCUUUAGUAGUUAUCCGAUGUACGUUUGUAAUUUGAGCACGUUUAAAAUUCGCUAGAUGAAUCAGCCUCAAAUUGCAUUAGAAUGACAGCAAGAAACUGAUGCAAAUGAUUUCUCUUAUAUUAUGUGAUUAAUAUUCAGCUAUAAGCAUGUGUGCUGUGAAUGUUGCAAGCCAUGAUUAUUACAUGCUAAUUAAUUCCUAUUUAAGUUUUUGCUUUUUGCUUUGACAACCUUAUUGCAAUUAGGUGUAUAACCGUUAACAAUUAUUCUUUUUGACAUUCACAAUUGUGACAAGUGAAACAAAGUAAUCUUUGUUUCAAGAACCAAUGCGCUUCUCGUUGGCACAUUAAUAUCAAUAGGUGACGUCAUCGUGAUUAUCACUGUAUGGGCUAAGUUUUCCAAAAGAUGCCGAAAUGAAGAGGGGAAAGUUCCCAUGAAGUCCAGGCAUUUUGAAGUCGCUUAAUUUUAGUGGAAGAGACUUCCGUCACAAAGUAAAAAAGCUCGACAGCAUAAUUCUCCACAGAUACCCCACGUUAAUGGCGCUUAAGGGGAGAAAGGGACAUGAGGACCACGUCAGUGUAAAACCAUCGAUUUUAAACAGUUACAGUGCCGGGAGAAUGACGUUAUCACAUCAAGUCGGAGGAUUUUCCUCAGCUCUUAUGAAGGGAAGGGCGUAUCUUUUUCUCGGAAGCGAACUGAAGCAUAUGCUCAGUGGAGAUUGCGCUAAAAUACGAUAGAGCAAAGAAACAAAUACACAAUUUCUUUCUGUAAAACCAACGCACAAGGCGAUUGUUCCUAUAAAUUAAACAAAAUAUUUCGUGACAGCAAAAAUAACCCAGACGGCGCAGUCAAUCUCAUUUCCCCUUGUACAGUGGAACCCAGUUAAUACGAACACCAAGGGGGAAAUUGGUGGCGGUAUUUUGUGUGUGUUUGCAUUAAGCUACAUUUUAGGAAACAGAAUAAUGAUAAAUUAAAAAUACAAAUAAUAAUAAUAAUAAUAAUAACGAUGACGAUAAUGAUAAUGAUAAUGAUAAUGAUAAUGAUAAUGAUGAUGAUGAUGAUGAUGAUGAUGAUGGUGAUGAAGAUGAUGAUCAAUAUAAUUCACAAUCCACGGAGCCAC